CGAGUGGGAGUACGGAGUAAGAUGUACGUAAACUUAUAUGUGACAGACUGACUUGAAUUGUAAACGUUCACUUGAAGCUCAAUAAAAGUUAAUAAAAAAAAAAAAGAAUGUUUUCUUCUCAGUUUAAACUAUUUCUCAAGUUCUUAUAAUAGUGGCCUUAUACAGUAUUUGUCCUUUUGCAACUAAUUUCACUCAGCAUAAUGCUUUCCAGAUUCCUCCAUGUUAUGAAAUGUUUCAUGGAUUCAUCAUUGUUCUUUAUCGAUGUGCCGUAUUCCAUUGUGUGAAUAUACCAUAAUUUAUCCAUCCAUCCGUUGAUGGGCACCUUGGUUGCUUCCAUCUUUUUGCUAUUGUAAACAGUGCUGCAGUCAACAUAGGUGUGCAUUUAUCUGUUCGUGUAAAGGCUCUUAUUUCUCUAGGGUAUAUUGCAAGGAGUGGGAUUGCUGGAUCGUAUGGUAGUUCUAUCUUUAGCUGUUUAAGGAAGUGCCAAAUGGAUUUCCAAAGUGGUUGUAUCAUUUGACAUUUCUACCAGCAGUGUAUAAGUGUUGCAAUCUCUCCACAGCCUCACCAACAUUUAUUAUUCUGUGUUUUCUGGAUUAAUGCCAGCCUUGUUGGAGUGAGAAGAAAUCUCAUUGUAAUUUUGAUCUGCAUUUCUCUUAUGGCUUGCAGUACAUUCUUUACAGUGUAAAACGCCUAGCACAGUGCCAGGCACAACCUCAGUGAGUGCCAAAUGAGGCCCUCAGCCUUUUGGAGGUCUACCUGCCGGGUGUCCCUUCUGCGCGUGCGCACGUGGCCCAGCCUCUUUGCAUGCCGCUUCUUUUUGGCCCCAGCCGCGCGCUGUCCGUUGGUUGUUAUGGAGACCCGCGAGCUCUCGGCUUGUGAGUGCUGAGGGGUUGGCUAGCGGCAGCGGUGACCCGGAGCUGCUGGGGACCAGAGCGCCAUGUCUUUCCGCGAUCUCCGCAAUUUCACAGAGAUGAUGAGAGCCUUAGGAUAUCCUCGGCAUAUUUCUAUGGAGAACUUCCGCACGCCCAACUUUGGACUUGUAUCUGAAGUGCUUCUCUGGCUUGUGAAAAGGUAUGAACCUCACACAGACAUCCCUUCUGAUGUAGAGACUGAACAGGACCGAGUUUUCUUCAUUAAGGCGAUUGCCCAGUUCAUGGCCACCAAAGCACAUAUAAAACUCAAUACUAAGAAGCUUUAUCAAGCAGAUGGGUAUGCGGUUAAAGAACUCCUGAAGAUCACAUCCGUCCUUUAUAACGCCAUGAAGACCAAAGGGAUGGAGAGCUCGAAAAUAGGAGAGGAAGAUAUCAGCAAGUUCAAGUUUGAUCUGGGCUCAAAGAUUGCAGAUUUGAAAGCAGCCAGGCAGCUUGCUUCCGAGAUCACCUCCAAAGGAGCGUCGCUAUACGACUUGCUGGGCAAGGAGGUGGAGUUGAGGGAGCUAAGAACAGAAGCAGUUGCCAGACCUCUGGAAAUAAAUGAGACUGAAAAAGUGAUGAGAAUUGUAAUAAAAGAUAUUUUGGCCCAGGUACAGAAGACCAAAGACCUACUGAGUAACGUGGCCUCUGAUGAAGCAAAUUUAGAAGCCAAAAUCGAAAAGAGAAAACUAGAACUUGAAAGAAAUCGAAAGCGACUUCAGACCCUGCAGAGUGUCAGGCCAGCCUUUAUGGAUGAAUAUGAGAGGAUUGAAGAAGAAUUGCAGAAGCAGUAUGACAUUUAUCUAGAGAAAUUUCGUAAUCUGACUUACCUGGAGCAACAGCUCGAGGAUCAUCAUAGGAUGGAACAAGAGAGGUUUGAGGAAGCUGAGAACACUCUCCGUCUGAUGCAGAACAAGCUGAAGGAAGAAGAAAAGCGACUGCUCAAGAGUGGAAGUAACAAUGACUCAGACAUCGAUAUCCAGGAGGAUGAUGAAUCCGACAGUGAGUUGGAAGAGAGGCGGCUGUCUAAGCCGCGCACAGCCGUGGAGGCGCUCAUGCAAGGGAGACCCAGCACGCGCAUCGUGGGCACAAUGCAGGGUGGUGACUCAGAUGAUGACGAUGACUCAGAGGACAGUGAAAUUGACAUGGAAGAUGAUGAAGAAGACGAUGACGAUUUGGAAGAUGAGAGCAUUGCUCUCUCACCAGCUAAGCCCAGUCGGAGGAUUCGGAAACCUGAGACCCUGGAUGAGAGUGACAAUGACUUCUGAUCUUCUUGCCGAGGGACUCAGGCAGAUUAAAACCCUCAGAUUGUAGGUAAAUGAGAAACUGGAGGUUUAGAAAGGUAAAAUAUCUUGCUCACUAAUUCAGCUAGACUCAUCGUUACUGAAGUAAUACCUGCUUCUGCCAUUGCCUUCUGUGUUUGUGUCCCAUGAAGCUUUAUUAAGAACCAAAGUAAACCCCACAGAUGAGUUUUUUUUUUUUUUUUUUGCUUUAUUUGUCUCCUAAAACUUGGGCGAUGCAUAUGUGUGUAGUGAUUGACCCCCACAGGACAAAAGCUAGGGAAGUAAGAGCUAUGCAGUGUGUGGUGCUGGUUAGGUGCCAUCGAGUCGCAUCCAGCAAUAUAUAAGCCUUGGUUAUUAUUCUCUGUUUCCCUUAAGAAUCAAUGGAAUAGACCUGGGGCUGGAGCUGGUUUUAGGAAUGGGUGGGGAGCAUCCAGCAGUUCACUGCAGUACAGUAGAUGUGAUCACUGUACAUUGGCUUUUCAUUCUAGCCUUUAUUUUAUUCUCUAUUUUCUACCAUGUGUUCACAAUAUCAAACUGAUACAAGGUUAGCUAAGUUAGAUAAAAACCAGUUUUCCUUGAAAAUCAGGCAGCAGAGAGGUUCCAGAUUAUAAAUAUUUUUUUUUUUCUCAGAAAGCUGGCAUUAGCUUAGAGUGUCAGAUUCACCUUGAGUUACAGCCACCUUUAGAUUUCCACAGCUUAUACUAAGUUUGGAAACUGCUGACCUGGGUGACUCACUGUUGAGUUACCUCUUCAGAGGUUCCAGUUUCCUGUGACCAUGACAGCUGGUACACUUUCUCUUUCCCACCAGCCAGCAUGUUUCUCAGGAGGCUUUUUCUCAUCUAAACGAUGGACAAGAUGGCAGGUUUCUCGCAUUUCCCUCCUUAGGGGAGGGAGAAGCUUAAGAAAAAAGCGCUAAUAUAGAUUCUUGUUUCUGAUUUAAUCUAGAAUUGAAUUAGGCAAAGUAGCUCUAAAAGAAUCUCCCUGUUGUGAAAUGAGAAGUGAUGUGGGUGGAAUUUUUUUGUUUUGUUUUUCAUUUAAAAGCACAGAGUAGUUUUUAUUUACUUUAUAGUUAUAAAGUCAGAUGACUUGAAGUUACUUAUAUUUUAAGAAAUACAUUUAAUACCAUAUUUUUAUAUUAUUAAAUAUUACUUGAAAGUAUAAUUAUUUUGUUCCUUGGAUCUACACCACGUGAAUACUUAUGCAAGGAAAAGUUCAUAGGUCAGUACAAUACAUGUCAAUUUUAGGAGACUGUGACAGUUAAAGAGCCCUGGUGGUACAGUAGUUAAGCACUUGGCUGCUAGUCGAAAGGUUGGCAAUUCGAACCCAUCAGCCGCUCUUCAGGAGAAAAACGUGGCAAUCUGCUUUCAUAAAGAGUACAGUCUAGGAGACCCUACAGGGCAGCUCUUCUCUGUCCUAUAAGGUCCCUAUGAGUUGGAAACGACUCAACAGCAUUAGAUUUUGGUUUAUGUGAUGAUUAUUUCUAUUUUCUUCGCUUUUUUCUGUCUUUUCCUAAACUUUACGUGUAAGAUUACCUUUUUAAAAAUAAAAAAUUCUACAUUUAGGCAGGGCCAAGAUGGCGGAAUAGCCAGACACUGCCUGCGAACCCUCUUAUAACAAAGACCCCCAAAAACAAGUGAAACGAGUGUAUUUAUGACAAGCUAGGAGCCCUGAACAUCAAAGGCAAAGUUAGAAAAUGGACCGAGUGGCAGGAGGAGGGGGAGAGGGGUUCAGAAAUAGAGAGGAGUUGCCGGACCUGAAUUGCUGGGAUCACUCAGGCACCAUUCCUGGGAGCGGCUGCAGUGUACUGGUAGUAACGUUUGGCCGCAGUUUGCUCAGGGAGGAGCAGACAGCUGCACAGCCUGCUCACACCUCCAGAACCAGAUAAUAACGGCGCUCUUGGCAAAAGCUAAGUACUUGAGUACGUUUUACUGCACCCCCCACCCCUAGCCAGCUUAAGGGGCUGUUGAUUUCCCUGGGCCUGAGAUAGGCUGUGUUGAGCACCUGGAGCCAUCCUCCCGGCCUUGGAGAAGUAAUAAAUUUGCAAAUGGGGGAAAAGAUAAUUUGCCAGCUCCACUAACCUGGGAAGCUCAGGACAGAAGUGGCUCCUCUUGAGGCAUGAACAGUGUGUGGACUUUGAGUAACUUUCCCCCAUGUAUGAACCUGCGUGGGCCUAUUUCAGGAGAAUAGGCUCUUGUUAGCAGACUACAACUGUUUCAACUGUGUGGUGGAGAGGUGAGUGUUUGAUGUUUGACACUGUUUUGCCUACUAAACAGGGUCCUCACCUACACACAUCAGGGGUCUAAGGACCGGUAGCUCCACUCAGGUCACCCAGCGACCUGUGACAGGAGCCCAAGGAUAACUGGUACCUCCCAGUCCUUACAAUGAAAAACACUGGGUGCCCAUGGUCCAUCUGUAGAACUCACCCACAGGAAUGCUGUAGCGAAGAGGGACACACUUUCCUCAGAGACACUUGGGGGACGAUUGUAAGCCCCCUGCCUUGUUCAGAGCGUGACCCCCUGCUGCAACCAGAUACUGGCACUUACACCAAUCACCCCUGCCCCUCUAAGACUGUAGGACAGGGCAUGUACCACACACUUGAUGAUCAGCUACCUGGACAUCUGAGCUGAAUUCAUACAAGAAAAGUGAAUGGUCUCCUAGACUGAUAUACUUGAUAACAGCUCUAGCCAUCUGGUGACAGGAUGUCAUAACGCCAAAGGGGAAAAUAAGCUAGCUCACUCAAGCAACCCGUGUGGGCAUAUCAAAACAAAACAAAGCGAGAAGCUAGGAUACAGUGAGCCAACAUAAAAUAAAUACAAUAACUUAUAGAUGGCCUGGAGACAACAAUCAAUAUCAAGUCACAUGAAGAAACAGACUGUGAUCACCUCAACAAACUCUCAAGGAAUCACCGGAUCUUCUGGAUGAAGAUGUCUUCCUGGAAUUACCAGAUGCAGAAUUCAAAAGAUUAAUAUACAGAACUCUUUGAGACAUCAGGAACGAAAUUAGGAAGGCGAACAGGCAAUAUGCAGAAGAAUUGAAGAAACAUAUGGAUAAAGCAGUUGAAGAAAUUUAAAAGAUUAUUAAAGAACAUAAUGAAAAAUUUAAUAACCUGAAAGAAUCUAUAGAAACAGUAAUCAAAGAAAUUCACAAGAUUAACAAUACAGUUACAGGAUUAGACAACUCAAUAGAAAGAGGACAAGAAUUGAGCAAGUGGAAGGCAGAAUUGGUGAACUUGAAGAUAAAGCACUUGGCACCAAUAUAUUUGAAGGAAAAUCAGAUAAAAGAACUUAAAAAAAUGAAGAAACCUUAAGAAUCAUGUGGAACUCUAUCGAGAGAAAUAACCUACCAGUAAUUGGAGUACCAAAACAGGGAAGGGUAAUAGAAAAUACAGAGAGAAUCGCUAAAGAUUCAUUGGCAGAAAACUUCCCUGAUACCAUGAAAGAUGAGAAGGUAUCUGUCUAAGAUGCUCAUCAAAUUCCACAUAAGGUAGAUCUUAAAAGAAAGUCACCAAGACAUAUCGUAAUCAAACUUGCCGAAACCAAAGAUAAAGAGAAUUUUAAGAGCAGCUAGUGUUUUUUUAAGGGAUAAACAGAGUUACCUACAAAGGAGAGUCGAUAAGAAUAAGCUCGGACUACUUGGCAGAAACCAUGCAGGCAAGAAGGCAAUGGGAUGGCUUAUGUAAAGUAUUGAAGGAAAAAAAAUUGCCACCCGAGAAUCAUAUAUCUAGCAAAACUGUCUCUCAAAUAUGAAGAUGUAAUUAGGACAUUUCCAGAUGAACAAAAGUUUAGGGAAUUUGUAAAAACCAAACCAGAACUACAAGAAAUACUAAAGGGAGUUCUUUGGUUAGAAAAUCAAUAAUAUCAGGUAUCAACCCAAGACUAGAACACUGGGCAGAGCAAUUGGAUGUCAGCCCAGAAAGGGAAAUCACAAAAAUAAAUCAAGAUUAAAAAACACUCAAAACAGGGAAAUAGCGAUGUUAUUAUGUAAAAGAAGACGUUAAAACAAUAAAGACAGACAGAAAUGUAGUGAUAGAUAUUUCAUAUGGACAGGAAGACAAGGUGAUACAAAGAAAUAAAAGUUAGGUUUAAAUUUAGAAAAAUAGGCGUAAAUAUUAAAGUAACCACAUAGAUAAAUUAUUCUACACAUCAAAAUAAAAUACAAGAAAAAAAUGGAGACUCAGCAGAAACAAAAUUAACAACAACGAAUGUAAGGAAAAGACAAUAUAUAAACUACUCAGCACAGAAAAUUAAAUGGGAAAAGAAACAGUCAACAACACACAAAAAAAGACAUCAAAAUGACAGCACUAAAUUCAUACCUAUCCAUAAUAAUGCUGAAUGUAAAUGGACUUAAUGCACCAAUAAAGGCACAGAGAGUGGCAGAAUGGGUUAAAAACAUGAUCCAUCUGUAUGCUGCCUACAAGAGACACACCUUAGACUCAGAGACACAAACAAACUAAAAGGAUGGAAAAAAAUAAGCAAACAACAAUAAAAAAAAGAGCCGGAGUGGCAAUAUUAAUUUCGGACAAAAUAGACUUUAAAGUUAGAUCCACCACAGAGGUUUAAGGGCAGACACUAUAUAAUGAUUAAAGGGACAAUAUACCAGGAAGAUAUAACAAUAUUAAAUAUUUAUGCACCCAAUGAUAGGGCAGCAAGAUACAUAAAACAAACUCUAACAGCAUUAAAAAGUGAGAUAGCUCCACAGUUAUACUAGGGGACUUCAAUACACCACUUUUGGCAAAGGACAGGACAUCCAGAAAGAAGCUCAAUGAAGACACGGAAGAUCUAAGUGCUGCACUCAACCUUGUAGACAUAUACAGAACACUCCAUCCAACAGCGGUCAAGUAUACUUUCUUUUCUAGUGCACAUGGAACAUUCUCUAGAAUAGACCACAUAUUAGGUCAUAAAGCAAGCCUUAGAAGAAUCCCAAACAUUGAAAUAUUACAAAGCAUCUUCUCUGAGUAUAAGACCAUGAAAGUAGAAAUGAGCAACAGAAAAAGCAGGGAAAGAAAUCAAACACUUGGAAACUGAACAAUACUCUGCUCAAAAGAGACUGGGUUAUAGAAGACAUUCAGGAUGGAGUAAAGAAAUUCAGAGAAUCCAAUGAGAAUGAAAACCUUUGGGACACAGCGAAAGCAGUGCUCAGAGGUCAAUUUAUAUCAAUAAAUGCACACAUCCAAAAAGAAGAAAGGGCCAAAAUCAAAGAAUUAUCCCUACAACUUGAACAAAUAGAAAGAGACCAACAAAAGAAUCCCACAUGCACCAGAAGAAAACAAAUAAUAAAAAUUAGAACAGAAAUGAAAUAAAAAAAGUUAAAAUUUAAACUUUUUUUCUAAUGAAAUAGAAAACAAAAAAACAGUUGAAAGAAUUAACAAGACCAAAAGCUGAUUCUUUGAAAAAAUUAACAAAAUUGAUAAACCAUUGGCCAAACUGACAAAAGAAAAACAGGAGAGGAAGCAAAUAACCCGAAUAAGAAAUGAGAUAGGCGAUAUUACAACAGACCCAACUGAAAUUAAAAGAAUCAUAUCAGAUGACUAUGAAAAAUUGUACUCUAGGAAAUUUGAAAACUAGAAGAAAUGGACAAAUUCCUGGAAACACACUACCUGCCUAAACUAAGACAAACAGGUAGAACAACUAAAUAAACCCGUAAUAAAAGAAGAGAUUGAAAAGGUAAUCAAAAAAUCCCAAGAAAAAAAAAAGCCCUGGCCCAGAUGGCUUCACUGCAGAGUUCUACCAAACUUUCAGAGAAGAGUUAACACCACUACUACUAAAGCUAUUUCAGAACAUAGAAAAGGACGGAAUACUGCCAGACUCAUUCUGUGAAGCCACCAUAUCCCUGAUACCAAAACCAGGUAAACCACAAAAAAAGAAAAUCACAGACCUUUGUCCCUCAUGAACUUAGAUGCAAAAAUCCUCAACAAAAUCCUAGCCAAGAGACUUCAACAACAUAUCAAAAAAAAUAAUUCACCAUGACCAAGUGGGAUUCAUACCAGGUAUGCAGGGAUGGUUCAACAUUAGAAAAAUAAUGUAAUCCAUCAUAUAAAUAAAACCAAAGACAGGAAUCACAUGAUUUUAUCAAUUGAUGCAGAAAACCCAUUUGACAAAGUUCAAUACCCAUCCAUGAGAAAAACUCUCAGCAAAAUAGGAAUAGAAGGAAAAUUCCUCAACACAGUAAAGGGCAUUUAUACAAAGCCAAUAGCCAACAUCAUCCUAAAUGGAGAGAGUCCUUGAGACUGGGAACCAGACAAGGAUGCCCUUUAUCACCACUCUUAUUCAGCAUAGUGCUGGAGGCCCUAGCCAGAGCAGUUAGGCUAAAUAAAGAAAUAAAGUGCAUCCAGAUUGGCAAGGAAGAAGUAAAAGUAUCUCUGUUUGCAGACAUGAUCUUGUAAUACCCAGAAAACCCUAAAGAAUCUUCAAGAAAACUACUGAAACUAAUAGAAGAGUUCAGCAGAGUGUCAGGAUACAAGAUAAACAUACAAAAAUCAGUUGGAUUCAUCUGCACCAACAAAAAGAACAGCGAAGAGGAAAUCACCAAAUCAAUACCAUUUACAGUAGCCCCCAAGAAGAUAAAAUACUUAGAAAUAAAUCUUACCAGAGAUGUAAGAUACUUAUACAAGGAAAACCACAAAGUACUACUGCCGGAAACCAAAAGAGACCUACAUAAGUGGAAAAACAUACCUUGCUCAUGGAUAGGAAGGGUUAACAUUGUAAAAAUGUCUAUUCUACCAAAAGUGAUCUAUAGAUACAAUGCAAUUCCGAUUCAAAUUCCAACAACAUUUUUCAGUGAGAUGGAGAAACAAAUCACCAACUUCAUAUGGAAGGGAAAGAGGCCCUGGAUAAGUAAAAAAAAGCAUUACUGAAAAAGAAGAACAAAGUGGGAGGCCUAACUCUACCUGAUUUUAGAACCUAUUAUACUGCCACAGUAGUCAAAACAGCAUGGUACUGGUGUAGCAACAGAUACAUAGACCAAUGGAAUAGAAUUGAGAAUCUGGACAUAAAUCGAUCCACAUAUGAGCAGUUGAUAUUUGACAAAGGCCCAAAGUCAGUUAAA